UUACAUGGAAAAAAGUCAAACUAAUAAGUCUGUGUCUUAUUUAAUAAUACAUUUUUAGGUUAUUUUGUAUAUUACUGAUAAUUUCCUAAAACAUUAGCAAUGAACUUUAGUGGUCUAAAACCAAUCACAUCAAUAUUAACAAAUGUGUUAUCAUCAAUAACAAUAAAUCCAGUACGAACGAAAUGGGUUGAUCAUCGUAUGAUUCGCGAUGUAAAACGGAGGAAAUUAACAACAGAAAUGGCCCCAAUGAGAUUACGUGUAAAUUCUUUAAGGAAAAACGAUAUUCUGCCUCAGGAGAUCAGAGAAAUGGCAGAUGCCGAAAUACAUGCUUUUCCUAGAGAUUCCACAUUAUUCAGGUGCAAGAAACGUUGUGUUGUCACAUCCAGACCAAGAGGUGUUGUAUUUAGAUGGAGAUUAAGCAGAAUAGUAUUCAGACACUUGGCGGAUUAUAACAAGCUGUCUGGUGUACAGAGAUCCAUCUGGUAGAGGGUUUACGUUCAACCAUUGUAGUUCUACUGUGUAAAUAAAUUAUGAAAAAAUAA